UUCAGUUUGGACGCGCUUUUUAUAAGUGUGGAGGGUUUGCUGUAGGCUGUAGAUUCAGACACAACACCUAACAGUGCCGUUUAAUUUCUAUAAUUUAGAGAAUGGAGCGAUUUACAAGCAAAUCCGCUGCAAAAAUGCCUUUUUCCUGAUGUCUUACUUGGAGAUGUUUCUUAUGAUGAUUAUUAAGAUGAGGUGGAUUAUUUACCCCUGGUGUUUGUGCAUAUAAGGUUUACAUAAGGAAUUCUAUUCAGGCUUCAAGACAUAAGGAAUUCUAUUCAGGCUUCAGUAGUUUCAUCCGCACACUGGUGCUGAAAUAAAUCUUUAUUAUAACAGGGAGAUUUUCUGGAAUAAAAUGGGAAGCACUGUGAUGGAUUCAAAGAAGACUGAUAGCAAGAAGAAAUGUACAAGGAAAAGGACGCUUCGGUUAAACAUGCCUGACCUGGGCUUGUUUGCCAUGCCCUUCCUGGAGGGUGAUGAUGACACACACAAUGGCAAGGAUGGUACACGUAAGGGGGAGAUCAGUUGCCACUCAGCUAGCCCAACUAAAGGAUUUUUCAGCAGGGGUCCAUUUAGCCGGCCCUCGAGCCCCAUGUCUGCUCCAGCAAGGUCCAAAACCAGCCCGGGGUCACCAAGAACCAUCUUCCCCUACCCCUUACAUCAAGAGUCCCCACCUAAAUCACCACGCCGCCUCAGCUUUUCUGGAAUCUUCCGCUCAUCCUCCAAAGACUCCUCUUGUACCUCCCUGUCCACUUCCUCUUCUGCCUCUCCCGUCAGUAUUAAACUCUUCUCCCGUGCCAGGAAAGCAUCUGGGAUCUCUUCACCGCCCACCACUCCUACACAGCUGACCAAACCCUCACCACCAUUUCCUCUGGAGGAAAACCGUGAUCUCCCUAUGCAUCAGGAGGAACGGUUGCGCUCUCUGUCUUCUCCCCCAGACACAGGCCAGCACUUCAGCAUGCCCUCAGCCAAGCCACCUCUCACCGCUUUCUCUGCACCUGUCCCUACCUCAAGCAUGGUUCGCGGUCUGUCUGAAGGCAUGCUGGAGAAACUUGAUAUCGAAGAUGAAGUUGUCGAAGAGUCUGAAAGUGAUAUUUACAUGCGCUUUAUGAAGUCCCACAAGUGCUAUGACAUUGUCCCAACUAGUUCCAAGCUGGUGGUGUUUGACACAACGCUACAAGUUAAGAAGGCUUUUUUCGCCUUGGUGGCUAAUGGAGUUCGAGCUGCGCCGUUGUGGGAGACGAAGAAGCAGAGUUUUGUUGGAAUGCUAACAAUCACAGACUUCAUCAAUAUACUUCACAGAUACUACAAGUCCCCCAUGGUGCAGAUCUAUGAGCUGGAGGAGCAUAAGAUUGAAACUUGGAGAGAGCUCUAUUUACAAGAAACCUUUAAACCAUUAGUCAACAUAUCACCAGAUGCAAGCAUAUUUGACGCUGUAUAUUCGCUAAUCAAGAACAAGAUACACCGCUUGCCCGUUAUCGACCCCGUCAGUGGGAACGCACUUUAUAUCCUCACACACAAGAGGAUCCUCAAGUUCCUGCAGCUCUUCGUGUGUGAGAUGCCAAAGCCUGCCUUUAUGAAGAAGACCCUGGAGGAGCUGGGCAUCGGGACGUACAGCAACAUAGCCUUCAUUCACCCAGACACGCCGAUAAUCAAAGCACUGAGCAUCUUUGUUGAGAGGAGGGUUUCAGCUCUGCCUGUGGUAGACGAGUCCGGAAAGGUUGUAGACAUUUAUUCCAAGUUUGAUGUCAUUAAUCUUGCUGCUGAAAAGACCUACAAUAACCUGGACAUUAGCGUGACUCAGGCUUUGAUGCAUCGCUCCCAGUACUUUGAGGGUGUCAUGAAGUGCAACAGACUGGAGACGCUGGAGACAAUAGUGGACAGGAUAGUCAAAGCUGAGGUGCACAGGCUGGUGGUGGUAGACGAGGCCGGCUGCAUCGUGGGUAUUGUGUCUCUAUCAGACAUCCUGCAGGCCCUGGUCCUCACUCCAGCAGGUCUCGACACGUGCACAAGAAGGUAUCCAGGUGAUAUUCAGCUCCUCCAGCCGUAUAAAUUUGAAAUCCUCUGUUAAAGUCUGCAGGUCUGACCAGGAAGGAGAGUGAGGUAGCUGAGUAAUGCACUUCAGGACUACUAAAUUCUGUCAUGCUGCUGGAAGAGGAAGCAGGAAGUAGAUUUGAAGCUGAAGUUUGUUCUGAAACAAUUAGCCACUGAGGGCUGGCAGAAGAAGGAAACGGUACAGGGGUGGAAACUGAAUGCUGCUGAAGGCCAAGAGAGGACAUGGAUUGAUGUUGGAAAGGAUAGAUGGGCUACAGGGGUGACAAGGUGGAACACCAAGAAUCUCUUUCUAACGGAUUCUGCUGAGCUCGGUGUCUAAAGCUCUUACUGCACGCUCAUCAUUACGACAUAUGAAACAUCGCCAUCUAGUGUCUGUUCGUUGUAUUACACUCACUGGACUGUACCAUUAUCAUCAUCCUGAGGGGAUUCCUUUUAGUGACGAGCAAUUUAGUACUGGCUUUAAUAUAUAUAAGUAAUAUAAUUAUGUUUUUCCCCAUUUCAUUUUCACAUUGUUUAUAGCACAGCUUUGGCUUUUGAGUUUACUUGCACAUUUUUUUUGUUCGGUAUUAUUUUUAUCCUCCCUUUUAUUAUCAAUCAUCUCCCAUCUUUCUUUAAAUGGUGCCUUCUGUCCACCAGUUGUCGCCCAUUAUGGAUGGCCAAGGAACAGCGAAUGUUCAACUGAAACAAAAUGAAUGUCAGUGUAAAACCAAAAUAUUUGGAAUAUGUUGUCAGUGAUUUUAAUAGAUUUAAGUUUAUAUAUCUAUUUUAUUUUUCUUUUGAAAGAGUUUAUUUCAAUAAGAUGUUUUUGGAAUGACGCUGUAAACUUAGAUUAAACAUUUUAUUUAUUUGUACUUUAAUAUUUGUUUUAAUUUUUUUAAACAUCAAGUGGGAUGGAAAAAUACGUUCAGCCCCUAUGCAUUAAAAUAAUGUACUGACUUAUGAGUGCAAUUUCAAAUGCAGCCGCUGCCUACAAGCAGUUAUUUUUUCCUCUACAGGGAAACCGGUGGCAUGCAAUGAAACCCCUCAUACUCCCUAUCAGUUGUACUGUACAUAGAAAGAGCUUGUGAGAUCUCUACAAAGUGCCAGAGAAAGGUCUAUUUUUCUGUGCAUUCAGUGUGUUUGUAAUAUUAAAGAUUUUCCUUUGCAUUAUAUUAUGUGGCUGUGUUGAUGGAAAAGGUCACUGAUGAAACAUCAUGUCCACUGACAAAAUGUACAUCACUGGCAUGAAGAUAAUACUACAAUGGUUAAACAUUGUGGGCUGAUUUUAUUUUUCCAUUUUGCGGUUUGGAAAUAAAUCAUGCUACUGAACCUUUGAA